AUGAGACGCGGCGCGGCCCGGACCCUGCUGCUCAACAUGUACCUGCCAGGUAGGGCAGGGACCAAAGGCGAGGGCUGCCCGGCGCCGCCGCCGCAGCUUUCCACGUGGUGGAUCGGUCCCUUUCCUCCCAGCCCAGACCCGAGGCUCCCACCUCUGCGUCCCGUUUCUUCUCCUGCUCCUUUCCCCUAACUGCCAUUUCUCCCCCUCCACGAAGAUCGCUCCUUGGCGCUCUUCAGCAGGCGCGCAGAGCCGUCUCUCUCGCCGUCCCUCUUUAAAGCUGCCCCGACGGCUCCCAUCGGAAGUCGGAUUUCCUUUUUCCUGGACGCGUUUCCUGGCUUCAUAGCGGCUUGGCAUGGGGGGGGGGGCGAGGCAGAGCGGCAGAGGCGGGCGGCGGGGGGACUUUGAAAUACAACCAGGCUCGCUCUGGAGAGAGAGAGGGAGCUUGUCCAACGCGCCCGCCCCCUCUAUCAAGUCCCAAUUACGGGGAGAUUCUUGGGUGGGGAUCGGGAUCGGUUUGGGUUUGCGCUCAUUUCCCCCCUCUCUCUUUCCCUCUGUCUCUCUUCUUGCUGAUCUUAUUUGCAGACCCAGUUGGGGAAACUUUGUUCAAAGAAGGCAAAAGCCAGGCGUGGGGAUCACUGGGGCCGGGAGUCCAAAAAGGUAAGACCCUCGCUUCCUCGCCUUCCCGGACAGUACCGAAAAAGGGGGGGUGGGCUACUGGGGCGCCUUUCAAGGCAGUCUGUUGCAAAGGGCGAUCAAUUUGUAGGUUCUUUUCGGAGGGCAAAUUUGCUAAAUAUCCAAUGGGGGGCUUGUCUCGCAUCAGCUUCUUCUGCACCUGACGCUAAGCAGAGGAUGCGCAUCAUCCAAUGCAACGAAGUCUCCCCUUCAGGGGUUCGAAAUCUGCGCCUUAUAGGAAGGCGCGCACCCUCUUUUCUCUAGCAAACGCUCUUUAAAGUUGAGUGGGCCCCCAAAACCUUAGAAAUAAACGAUGGUGUAUAUGUGUGGUUGUUGCAAAACCACUUCAAAAGCAACGCCGUACCCGAAUCAGCUGCGGGUGCAAAACAAGAAGCUCGCCCGGGGCAGGAUUUGAACCUUCCUGAUAUAUCUAUCAUUUCAGUAAUAAUGCAGUUAGUAGGGUUAGGGUGUGCGCUGGUUGAUUUGUACCUCUAAAGCACUUGGAGGCGCAAAGCCCCAAAUAAUGAAGUGUGGGAAUCGUAUGAAAUCUCUGGCUUUUUUUGAAUAAAAAGAGAGAGAAAGCAGGAAUUAAUAUCGACUUCCUUCUGUGAAAUCCGAUCCUUGGUCUGUCUGGCUCAGCAUCGCCUGCCGUGGGUGGCAGCGGCUCUCCGGGGUUUUAGCCAGAGGGUCUUCAUCAGACCUACUUGGAGAUGACAGGAAUUGAACUCAGCACCUUCUGUAAGCCAAGCGGGAGCAGCUACAGCCGCUCCAAAACCUCUGCUUUAGCUUCCCAUCGCUGUCAAGGGAACCUGCUCCUCAAAUGCUUAAGGCAGCGAAGUCGUCCUUCAACACUCUGCGCCUCCUGAAAUCGGUGCUAGCUGGGAUCAAACUGCGCGGAGAGCUGGACCCUGCCUUGGACUUCAGGGGAUCUUGACCAGCAGGUUGCCACGGAAAGGAAAAAUGGCACCCUUCCUUAAGGCUGCUGGCAGAGUAGUAAGCUUUGGUAUUGCACCGGGCUCUACUUCAGGCAAGAUUGACUGCUGCGUUGUUCAAAUUCACGGGUUUCAGUGAAUUUUUUUUAAAAGAAAAACACUUUCAAGCUUUAGGAGCGUGGAGCGAGGCAAGGCUCCCCUCCCUCCAGCUCUGUGUAGCUUGAAAACUUCCUCUUUAAAUACACAGUACUGCAAUUUUAGUGGCAAGCCCAUCUGGGCAAAGAGGGGUCCUAUUAAAUCUCCUUUCUGCCCUCCAAGACCCGGCACCAAAAACAUCCCCAACCCCGCCGCCACCAAGCGCCCUUUCCCUUCUUUCGGAGACUUCCCCAGAAACCAGGCUCUGAUCGGCCCUACCUGCCUAAGGUGGUAGGGACAGAAAGCAAGGGAAAGAAUCGAGGGCAUUUUCGGCAAGGAGCUGCGGGAGACGUCUUGAAAGAAGGUGAGGCUGUUUUCUGGAGCAGAGAACUUAGCCGAAAAGCAGCUCUGAGUUCUGCAAUAUCAUGGCUGGCUGCCGAUUCAUUUUUAUUCUUAUAAGAAGGUGAAAACAAAGUCACAGCCGCACUCCUAAGACUUCUCCCCGAGGAAGCGUUCUGUCCGAAUGGCGCUGCCGAGAACCAGUUGCAUUCCCAACGCCCGUCUCUUGCACCACAUCGAAAUUCUCAGUCCCUCCCUUGGACUCUUUCUCUCACCUUGGAGAUAAGGAAACAAGCAGCCCAGUUAAACCCCAGAAUUUGGAUCCCGUUCUCUCUGAAAGUAUUAAAUACGCUGAAAUACCACUGACUCAAAACACACCUACAGUAACUGUUUAACUGCGUUUCGGGGUUUGGGCCACUUAAUUACAAAACAAACAAACUAACAAACGCGGGGAGACUCUCUAGCACCCCAGCCUAACAUCAGCCCCGAUACAGCUGCUACUGACCCACGUCCCUCUUGGCUCAAUCGGUCGGUUCCCACCGAUGCGCGCCUCCGGCGCAGUUGAGGACCAGCCUUUGGCAUUCGUUUCAGCGGGAUCUCUCAGGCAGGUUUUCUAGGAAGUAGUAAAUCCCCUGAGUUUAACGAGAUGUCACUCCCAAUCUGGACUACAGUCGAGGAAACCAACUUCUUUCUUAACCUCUUAAUGCCAAUAGCUGCUACACAAAUACGGGCUUAGAGGAGCGGGAGUGUUGCGUUCAUAAUUCCCAGGUGGGAGCGCCGAUGGUCCCUGGAUGGCGCAGACUGACUGUUUAGAGCAAUUUAGGCGCAGUUGGUUAGAGCAUUUUUCACACCCCAUUUCCUACGGAAUCCAGUUUCGCAACAGUAGCAGAAAUAAUCUAUAGCAUUUCAAAAUCGCAGGUUUGAGGGAAAAGAGGCGCAGAAGUGUCAACUUCUUUAUUUAUUUAUCAUCACCAUCACAAUUAUUCUACUCCAGAUUUCUUCCAUGGAGCUUAAAGUGUCCUAUACAGCUCUCCCCUUUUCUCGUCUUAUUCUUACAACAACCCUGAGAGGUAAACUAGGCUGAGCGAGAAAGCGACUGGCCCAAGCAGAAUCGCUGGCUGAGUAGAGAUUUGAAUCCUGGCCUCACAGGUCCCAGCGCUCUAACUACGAUGCCACACGGGCUAGCGGGUUUGGCAAAAGGGCGAAAUGAUGAAUGAACCCUAUAAAGCCAAAAUUAUUAUUAUUAUUUUAAAGAAAUCUUAUUUUAUUUAACUUAAACGAAGUAACUCGUCGGUGUGCAUUCACCAAUUUUUAUGUACAUCUCUUACCCCAAAUACAACUCCGAAGGGGGAGAGGAGAAGAAUUCACGGUUGGGGGGGGGGGAAUUGGCAAGGGAUUCAACAAAUGUCAAAAUCCACAACAGGCGUGUCUUGCGCUGCGGUGCAUCGCUGGACAGAUCUCAAUACAUCCCGAGUGCAAAAUAAAUAGUUCCUCUUGAACCGGCCAAGUACCGACUCCGUAAAGAGAGUAAAUAAAUAUUUCUAAAUUCGACCAAUAGUGCCUAAUAUAUGAAUAAUGUUAGCGGAACCAAUAAUUCCUUUGCAUACAGCACUGUAGAGCGUACAAAAUACUUCAGGCGCCUUAGCUUGUGUUGGUGCAAUCCAUAAAACUGCCUUGCAAGAUAGAUCAAUAUUAUUAUCCCAGUACAGUAUCUGGAUUUUUUUCCUCACCGGGGCAGUGUAUGUAUAUUGGAUAAAAUAUAUUAAAUAACAUUACGAUAUCACUUAAACUUAAAAGCACCAUUAAAACACAAAAAAUGCUAUAAUGCAGAAGGGCGGGGGCAAAACCCGAUGUAAACAGAUUCAUCUGCUGAGAAAUGUGGAGUGAGGCUUCCUUUAGAGCCGACUCCACCUGCAAUUUAUGCAUCCUUAGCCAAAAGUAAGGCUGCAUUCCUAUAGUAACUCACCUUGGAGUAAAUCCCACGGAAUUCAGUGGCUUUCUUCCACGUCAGUGGGUAUAGGACUGAAGCCUACAAAAUCGGUUCCCGCAGAGGGGAGCCUGAAAAAAACAAAAACAAAAAAAGCGUGAUACUGUACAUCAACAUCAUUAUAUGUCAAACGUAUUUAUGAAUCGCCUUUCUGCCGCCAAGACAGUAAUUACAAGCACUGCAAUAUUAAAAACCCACCAGUUUAAAGCAGAAGAAAACCAGAAAGAUGAUUAAAAAGCUAGGCGAAAGAUGUAGGCCACCAGUUUGACCUCCCCAAGGGCGUCCACGGCAGUCUCUUAGAUAAACAAUGUUCUUUUCGCCGCUUAAGACAGUGGGCUGAAAAUAAAUGUUGCUCAUUUAUUGAAUCUCGAGGUUGCAGAUCAACAAAACACAGCGGAUAGGGUUUCUCCUUUCUAAGAGAGAGCGAGAGAUAGCGCUUUUUCGAGAAAUAAGAUGGGAAUAAAGUUUUGGGGUCUUGGGGACAUAUUUUCCCUCCACAAGGUAGUUUCGUUUGCUGUUGCCUGAUCAAUGGACUCCGCCCUUCGGUCUAUUUGCAAAGUCCGUCUGCCACCAGUUGACAGCGUGCGUAAUUUCUAAAUAGCUUUGGGCACAAUCACGAUUUGACGAGUUGAUAUCUGAAGUCCGGUAGAUCUCAACAGCGGUGGGGGCGGGGAGCAGGCGAGGUUUUAGGGGGAAUCCUAUGCACAUUUACCCGAACGUAAACUUCAUUGACCAGUCAACGACGCUUAUUUCUGAGGAGCAGAAAUUUCAGCAGGCGUGUUGUAGAGGAUUGCAGUGUUAAGAUGAGGCAGUAGUCCCACGGCGAUGGGUACGAAGUACUCCGCCUUAGAAGUGCUGAACAGUCAUGCUCCUUGGGUUUAUAUCUAGGGCGCACGGGGUUGUACACAAGCACUUGCGUAUAUGUAACAGUGUGUAUUAGCAAGCAUACCCACUUUAAGCAAGAGAGCACAUUAGAAACCCGACACGUGUUGGAAAUCAACUGCGGUUGUCUUGGUUUUUAAACGUUCUAUUCCCUUUAUAAGAGCGUGCACCCUUACAACAUUAUAGAGGCUGGUACGUGGUCGCCCUCUCCUAAAAGCCCAAAAUGAAUGGAUCACGCUUUUCCGCACCUGGAACUCAGAAUUGUGAAGAGGAGGGUUAGCGCUUGGACAAAAGCUCUUUCCUCUUCCGGGUUUCAUUUAUCUGACUUCAAAUGUGCUAUAGCCUUCCAGAUGUUGCAUGGACUACACUUCCCCUUUUCUCUGACCAUUGGCCUUGCUGGCCUUUUCUCUGACCAUUGGCCUCCAGAUGGAAUGCAACAACACCUGGAGGACCGGUUCCCUAGCCCCUCUGAUUCAGCUGUGCCCCCCCCCCCAAAUCUUUGUUGCUUAAGUUACUUUUUGUAUUGGGCGACUGGUUUCCUCAGCAGCAAGUACGAAAUACAGGUUAAAACUGUCAACGCUUUUCCUUAUGGCACCUUAAAGAUUAGCAGGUUUUAUUAUGCCAUAUAUUUUCUUGGGCUAAAAUCCACUCAGCAUCUGAUGAAGUGGGAUGUGGUCAAUGAAUGCUUGUGCUUGCGUUAGGAUGAUAGCCAGCCUUAGUGAUCCUCCAGCAGCCACACUGAAAUCAAUGGACUCCAGUGGCCCCUUGAUCCCACUUAGUCUGCUCUGAGUAUCACUAACCUUGGAUAUCACACUCAGUCUUCCAGAGGCUAUAAGACCCUUUGUCGAUUUUACUGCCACAUAUUAACAGGGUUACCCCUCUGGAAAUGUUUCAUCUUUUAUCUGUAGCCUGGCCUACACAUGCAGCAGAAUGAAGAUUUUGUGGGUAGAUGAGGAAAGUCAUUUUUUAAAAUAUUCCCCUAAGGAAAACAAAAAAAGCCCUUUGAAAGUAGAAAGCUAGCAGCUCAGGAAGAAAGGUUUCAGCCCAGCCACCUCUCUGUUGUUCUAGUUUUCUACUUGCAAAAGAGUGUGGUGGGUUUCUUUGGGGGGGGGGUACACAGGGAAAGAUUAAGAAAUGUGAUUUUCCUACCUGGCAUCUGAAAUGGGUACCAUUUAUUCUACCAUUACCCAGUCUACCACCAAAAGGAAAGUUAGUUUCCAAUGAUUAAGAUCAGAAGUUAUUUCAGAACCAUUUGUUCAGGACAGCAACAUCAAUAGAGGACAUGCAUGUGCGGAACUGCUAGCACUGGUCAAAUGCUGAACAAUAUUUUAUGUCACUUUAUAAUAGCACUCAAACCAGUCACUUGUCAAUGUUUAAGCUGACACAUAUGGCUGUGUGAAUCAGCUCUUCUUGUCUUGGAAGAAGUAAAGUUAAAAAUUAUAUCAUUAGUAGUGUGAGAGUCCAUAAUUGUACACAUACAGAAGGUUGAUUCAGAUAUUUUAUUUAUUUAAUUAGUUAUAUGAAAUAUGUCUGUGUUCACUAUGCAUAUUGUAAUGUGACCUAUCUGACUAUCUAGAAACACAGAGAGCACUGGUUUUGUUUUUCAUUUUCUGACCUCCAUUCCUUCAAAUUGAUUCAGACAAAGCAGCUUCUCAGGUUUACCUGUAAUAAAUAAAUGUAUCAGUUGUAUAUUUUUUAUACAAUUUUUGCUUAAAAAACAAAGCAAAAAUAUUUAGCAGGAAGCAGUACAAUAGGUGUGCCAAGCUGUGUAAACCAUAAUACUCUAUAGCGCUUUGUUUGUAUCUAAUUGGUCACAACAGUCAAAUGAGUGUAAGGAUGUGAUCUUCACUGCAAACUUACUUGGGGUAUUAAAUCCUAGGGUGCUUCUGGAUGGGGGCUUAAUAUUGCAAACAGCUCAUUCAGAUACGGUAAAUGGGGCGCGGAGGUGGGCUGUUUUAAAACAUCAGAUUUUCCAAUCCAGAUUAAAUAGGGGGAAAUACGAACUGGUGUUUUUAUGCCAAUGAUGUCAUGUGGAUGCUGUGAAAACCUGCACACAUAGAGGUAAUGAUUCUGCAAUAUACACCCACCUAAAAGCACUGCAUCUCAUAUAGAAUGGAUUCACUUCCUAGUGAAGGUAUAUAGAGAAGAAAGAGAAUAUGGAUACAUUAUUUUUUUUUAAUGAGGAAGGUUUUGGAGUGACUGGGAAAAUGCAAAGGAUUCAGCUCUGAAGAGUUCAAAGCAGUCAACAGUGUGAGCUAUUUGGCUUUCUUAACAGACACAGAGGAAUAAGAGUAUUAUUAUAUAUUUGAGGGUGGGACAGUGGUUAUGGGAAAGGGAUUAAAAUAUUGUUGUGAGUUUGGGGGAAGGGGUUAGGCUAUAUAAUGCCUAAGUCCCUUCAAAUUCCUGGAUCCAGCAAGGGUUAAAAUCUAAUGGAGGAUUCUAUUGCUGAAUUACCAGUAGCCAGGCAAGGGCCAUAGUUAUCACCUAAGUAUGGUCCUUAGUCUGACAAAGAAAGCUGUUCUGUGCCAGAGGGUAAAUGGGUGAGCCCCCUCUUUUACCUGGCUGCUGGGGAGGACAAUAUCCAUAGUUGUGUGAGGGAGCUGGGCUAGAAGCAGGCUGCAGGCAGAAGCAAGGAAGUGAGAGCCAUGCUUGAUUCCAAGACUGCGUCUAUGAAAGAAGCAAGACCACUUGGAGUGUUAAUGCUGUAAGCCCCUUCAUCUUGAGCUCUGGUUGUGUAUAUGUGUAAAUAAGGAUACCACAGUCUCCACUGUCCCUCAUUCCAAGGAAACGGGACCCUGGGUAAGUUCCUGGAACCCCUGAAAUCUUGCACCUCUUUGAGAUUGGGGUGGCAUGCAACAAUAUAUUUUGAGCUCUUCUAAUGGGAGCCUUAGGUCAUAGAAACUUAUUGGUUAGUAAUUAUGGGUAGGGGGGAAAUAGGAAAAGAGUUGACGCUUCAUAUUUUGGCUCAGCCAGGAGUCUGAUGUACCUUUUGUUUACCUUUAAAUGUCCAAAUGAUAAGGAAGGAUGGCAAGGAUUUACAGCGAAAGGAACACAGCAGUCAGUGGGUGGAUUUCAACAUAGCAUUAAGCUGGGUAUGCAGGAGCAGAACGAGGUUUGCCCUCCCUUCCCCUAUUCUCUUCCCCCUCCCUUCAUGCCUCCCCCUAAGCCUGUUCUGAAGGUUCCCCCAACUCUUUUGUUGCUUGUAUUUCCUUUUGUUGUUGCCUUUACUUGUGUUUUAAUCUGGAAGUUGCUUUCCAGGCCAUUGGGGAUAGAAAUCUUUUGGGAAAGUGUUUCAAGUUAUGUUAGACUUGGGCCCCAAAUAUCUGAAACAACAUCUUCCCUGUACAGCAGCAGCAGGAGGGCCUUCUGGUGGUUUUGUUGCUCUCAGUAGUUGUGAGUGGGUUGAGCUCGUGACAGAGCCUUUUUGGUGAUGGCCCCAAGAGAUGCAUCUGACACCACUUCUCUACAGCUUCCAUUGACCACUGAAGACACAUCUCUUUACCCUGGCCCUUGAAAUCCGCAGUUUUGAUGUUGGUGUCUUUUAACUGGAAGGAUUAUUGAUGUUGAGUUUUACUGGGGGUGUUGUUUAGUUUUGACUGUUUUAAUAUGACUGUUUUAAUCUGCCCUGAGCGUUCUGGUGAAGGGCAGCUAAGAAAAAACAUUAUCACUGUUUACUUAUUUAGACUGUCCAGGUAUAGAUGGAUCUAGUGGCUAGUUGGUGUCUUCAGCAUUUGUGUUUAGCAUAACAUUUAGUCUGGCCCUCAGAAGUGGCCUGGGAAGCCAAACAUAAUGCCCUCCUGAUGCGGCUGGACUCCAGUUUCUAAUCAGCCCCAGUCCACCUCCCCAUGGCCAAGAGUCAAAUAUCAUGGAAGCUUUAUUCUAACAACUCCUGUAGCAGCAAUCCUGGGCUACAAGAAUGUGUGGGUCAGCAUAAAGGCAGCUUCCUAUGUUUAUGUGAGGGUGGCAGGUCUGCUCCUUCAAGAUGGGCCUUUCUCACUGCCCCUCUUUUGGCUUUUCAGGCAGUGGGCAGAUCCAGUUGUGGCAAUUUCUGCUGGAGCUGCUUUCUGAUCGUGCCAAUCUCAACUGCAUCGCCUGGGAGGGCACCAAUGGAGAGUUCAAACUCCUGGAUCCCGACGAGGUGGCCCGGCGCUGGGGGGAGCGCAAGAGCAAGCCCAACAUGAACUAUGACAAGCUGAGCCGGGCCCUGCGCUACUACUAUGACAAGAACAUCAUGACCAAGGUCCACGGCAAACGCUACGCCUACAAGUUUGACUUCCAGGGCCUGGCCCAAGUCUGCCAGCCAGCAACACCCGACCAUACCCUCUACAAAUUCCAGGCACCCCUGCCCUUCUCUGGCAUUUCCAAACUCAACAUCAUGGCCUCGGGGGUGACUCCAACCAGCUUCUCCUAUUGGCCAGGCUCUACCCCCACUCUGUACCCCAGCCACAGCUUGCAGCCUUCAGCGCCUUUCAGUGCCAUGGCAACCUCCCAUAUCAACAACAUGAACAGCCACUACCACUAG